AUGUUAACAAUUACUUCUUCCAUGAUUAUACAUCACUAAUACUUUCUCUUUAUUUUAAGGUCUUUAUGAGAAAACAAACUUUGCCAGUCUCUUUCUUGCUAAAUCAAACCCCAAGUCCCAGUACUAUUGGAUGAAGUGGCUUUCUGAAUCAGCCUUCCAAGGUUUCACUGAAGCUGUGAGGGGAGGGAUAUGUUACUGUGAUAUGCAGAACCAUGAAAGUGGUUACCACAUUCAAACCAUUGUUACCAGACAAAAUGUUUUAGAAGAGAAUUAUUUGAACAACGGUCAAACUUUUUUGCAAAUCAGAUCUGCUGACUUGGACACCAAAGAGUUAACACUUUAUUUUAAGGACUAAGCAUUUGCAAGGAAGCCAAGCAUCAAAUAAAUACACCCUAGGGUUCAAAGUGCUCCUUCUGAUACUAUCAAAGGGAGGGCAUUGUCUCUAGCAAAAUACGGACUCCGCUGUCAAUAACUCCAGUGCAUCUUGACAGCAGCAAAGAAGAAUGAGUGUUACAGAAGACACAGAAACUAUUAGAACCUUAUUUCGGCAGCAGCAUGGGUUUCUCAUGUCAAAGAUUAUGUUCACUGCCUGUGAGCUGGGAGUAUUUGAUCUGCUCUUGGAGUCGGGAGAACCCCUGAGCUCAGGGGCCAUUGCCGAACGCCUCGGCACCAGCCCCAGUGGAACGGAGAGGCUGCUGGAGGCCUGUGUGAGCUUAAAGCUCCUGAGGAUGGAGAGGAAGGACAGCGAAGGCUUUUAUGGUAACACAAACCUUGCUAAUCUCUAUCUUGCUAAAUCAAGCCCAAAGUCUCAAUAUCAUUACCUGAAGUACUAUUCUGAAGUCAUCUAUCCAGGUCUGCAGUUCUUGACUGACAUUGUGAGGGAAGGGGAAGGACUAUUUUCGAAAACACAUGGCAUGUUACCAAACAGUUUUUUUGAGGCUUUUUACAGAUCAGAGGAAGAGAUGCAAAGAUUUUCUGAUACCAUGGAUGAUGCCUGGAAUUUGUAUGGUAGAGAAGUGAUGUCUGCAUUUAGUCUUUCUCAUUUUCCACUCAUUUAUGAUUUGGGAGGGGACUUUUUUGAAGACCCGGUUCCUGAAGCUGACCUGUAUAUUUUGGCUCGGAUUCUGCAUGACUGGGAGGAUGAAAAGUGUUUGCAGCUGCUAACCAAACUGCACCAAGCCUGCACGCCUGGCGGUGGAGUGCUAGUCAUUGAAAUGCUUCUCAAUGAGGACAGAUGUGGACCUUUUGAAGUCCACCUACACUCCUUGCUGAUGCUGGUCUUCACGGAGGGAAAAGAACGGACUCCAUCUGAAUACAAGGCGCUCUUCACUGCCGCUGGCUUCAAGGAUGUUCAGCACAAGAAAGGAAGCCGCUACGGCAUCAUUCUAGGAAGAAAACAGUAGUGUCCCUGCUUCAUUCUUGUUCAGUGCAUAAAAUAAGCUAAAAUAAUAAAACUUGUA